AUGACCAGGGACCUGUUUAUGCGUAUUGUCAACGCUUUGGAGUCUCGAUAUCUGUAUUUCCGCUUCAGACACGAUGCGUCUGGCAGACCCGGCCACACACCUAUUCAAAAGUGCACUGCGGCAAUCCGGCAGUUGGCCUACGGAGGCGCGACAGACAUGUGGGACGAGUAUCUCCACAUCGGUGAGACGACUGCCCUGCAAUGUCUGAAGAAUUUCUGUCUGGGAGUGAUAGAAGUAUUCGGUGAUCAGUAUCUGCGAAAGCCUACCCCCGAAGACUGCCAAGAUCUGUUGCGGAUGCACGGGAGUCAGCAUGGGUUCCCGGGUAUGUUAGGCAGCAUUGAUUGUAUGCAUUGGGAGUGGAAGAACUGUCCCACAGCCUGGAAGGGGUUCUACACGUCCGGCUACAAGGGAAAGAAUCCCACGAUGAUCCUGGAGGCCGUAGCUGAUUACCGGCUUUGGAUUUGGCACGCGUAUUUUGGGAUAGCUGGUUCGAACAACGACCUCAACGUCCUCAACUCGUCGCCACUUUUCAACGAGCAGUGUCAGGGCGUCGGUCCGGCCAUCAGUUUUGUCGCCAACGGCAGCCAACAUGAUAUGGGCUACUACUUGGCGGAUGGGAUAUACCCUAGGUGGCCCGUCUUUGUGAAGACGAUCCGAUGCCCAGGAGAUGAGAAGAAGGCCUACUUUGCGGCACGGCAGGAGUCGGCGCGCAAGGAAGUGGAGCGCGCAUUUGGUGUGCUCCAGUCUCGAUGGGGGGCAAUUAAGGGUCCAACGCGUAUGUGGGAUGUCCAAUGCAUUGCUGACAUCAUGUACGCAUGUAUUAUCAUGCACAACAUGAUUGUCGAAACCCAUUGUGGUGGUGAAAAUUUUCCGGCAGAACCGGUGGCGGCACCGCUAGAGGAGGUGGUUGCGAAGAGGGUGGUGAGCGAGAGUGCAGCUUUGAGGGAGGGGAGAUUGAGCAAGAGAUUUUACAAAGAUUUGGAUUUGAUGAAUCCAACUCUGAAGCUGCCUCUGUCGCCGGCGGAGGAAGCUUCGCUGCCAGAAUUUGAAGAAAGUGAGAAACGGGAAAGAGGGUGUCGGAAAAAGGAAAGCUUCGCUGCUCUGAUGUUGUUGGUGGGGUUGUUUGCUUUGCAGAUUGCUGAUGGUAGGAGGCUUGAGAAGGACACGUUUGGUGGCGGCGGCCUUGGUGGAGGCUGA